UCCCUAGUAGCCGUUGCGCCCUUCCCCUUCUCCCAUCUCCGACCCAUCGACCAAAACCCAAGAGGCUCCGGAAUCUCCUAUCCCAAGCUUCCCUCUCCUCACUUCUCGGAGGCCCCCUCUUCGCCGUCGCCGUGACCGAAUCGGAUGGAGACCGCCGUCCUCCCGCCCCAGCACGCGAACCCGAUUCAAGCGACGGGGACCAGGUCCCUGGCGGGGACGCAGGCCAGGAACGCUGCGGCGAUGGCGGCGACGCGUAAGUUCCCGGCGGCGAGGAGGAAGACGCUCUGCGACAUCACAAACCUGAGGCAGCCGCUAGCGGCGGCGGCGGCCGAGGAGGGGCCGAGGUGCGCGGACGGCGCGGAGGCGGUCGCGCGGUUAGUCCGGGAGAAUUCGGAUCUUGUGAGGCUCCUGGAGGAGAGAGACAAGUUCAUAGAGGCGAGCGGGGCUGAGAUGCAGAAUCUGCGCCUCGCAAACUGGCAGCUUGCGCAGGCCAAUUCACAGAUGUUGGCAGAGCUGAAUCUUGGAAAGAACAGGCUGAAAUCGUUACAGCAUGAGCUUACAUGCUCGAGAGCUGCUCUCAAAGUAAAAUCAUCUGAACUUGAGGAAGCAAAGAAAGUGAUCAGGAGCAGCAAACAGCAGCAACAGAAGAGCGCCAACGAGAUGGCCCGGCAGUUGGCUGCCGACAGAGCUGCCGCCGCACAGCUCAAGGAUGGGGACGCGGAACCUGCUUCAGACGCGUUACGCGUCGCCAGUGCGAGUAAACCGGCCUGCAACCCCAGCCGGAAGCGGCUAAUGAGAUCUCGAUCUCUGGGACCUACAGUGGCGCCGACGAAGCCAGUGGCGGCAUCCAAGGAAAGAGAGAGCGCACAGAGACGCAAGUCCAUGAGAACGCCGCAGCCGAGUGGCCGCAGGGAAGACUUGUUCGAGAUAGAGGACGUUCAGCUCGCCGUCAGCAGUGGUAAUGACCGGAAAGAGACGGCGUGGGGGCAAGAGUCGUCGACGCAGUUCCCGCGCAGGUCGUCUCUUGGGAGGCCGCUCCGACGGGCCACGGAGAAGGUCACCUCCUACAAGGAGAUGCCUGUCAACAUUAAGCUCAGGAGGUCCUAAACAGUAGGAAACUAUGGUUGCAGUUUGCAGCCAGUUAGAUUAUGAGUUGUGAUCAUUCUUUGCUGCGUUCUGCUUCUGCAGAUGCAGCCAGUGUGCGCUUUGGUGUGAAAUUCUGGAUGUAUUGAGGUUGUUUGUAUUAUUACGAUGUGUGAAGAUGGCAUGAAAAUCAGGCAUUUUGCUGGAA